AUGUCUGACCACUACCCGCCGCACUAUCCGGCUCACAACUUCUACGAGCCUCAUCAACCCUACCAACAACCAUAUCCGCAGGAAUAUCCGCCACCACAGUGGCAAAGCCCGCCUCCCCAGCAACAGAACUAUUACGGCCAACCUCCUGCACCGCAACAGCAGCAACAAUGGAACCCUGAGAAAAUCUGGGCGGAAGCCAACGGCGGCUCUCAAAACCCCCACUCCUCCUCGAACAGUCUAAGCAGAGGCAACGACUUCAGCGGCAUGGAAGGCCAACAAGGCGGCGACGGCGAACGAGGUCUAGGCGCAACCGUCCUCGGCGGCGGUGCCGGCGCCUUCCUAGGCCACGAGCUCGGCCACAGCAAACUCGCUACGCUGGGAGGCAUCGCAGUGGGCGCCAUCGCCGCCAACGCCUUCGAGCACCACCAUAAGAAGAAGAAGGAAGAGCACCGUCUCGAACACGCCUACGACAACGGGUACGUGAACGGCGAGUCGCGCGGCAUCGAUGACGAUUACUACGACCGCGACGACCGCUCCUAUGCAAGCAGGAGGUCCAUCGACCGGGGAGACGACCGAUACGACGGGCGUAGGUCGAUCGAUCGGGACGAUAGAUACGAUGAUCGGUAUUACGAGGAUCGGAGGUCGUUUGAGGAAGAGAGGGAUUACGAUUAUGAGCCGCCGAGACAUCAUCAUCACCAUCACCAUCGCGAUGAUUAUGGGGAUGAUUAUAAGAGUGAGAGCUAUUAUCAGCAGGAUGAUUAUUACUCUAGGCGGGAUUCGAGGUAUUAG